UGCGCGUUAUCAUUCAUUGAAAGAGUGUGUCUAAGACUGAGCCGGGCUUCUUGACAUUCGACCAAAGCUAGAAGUUUACUGUAUAUUUUUUUUAACUGACAGCUAGUGUGUGAGAUUCAUCCACAGAUCGGACACAUACAUGGCGGACGAAACGACCCAGAGCGCAGGACAAAUCUCGCUGCGGGAGCUGUAUGUCUCCGAUAAACAGGGCAGUGAUCAGGAUGGAGAUGGGACCGAACAGAAACCUUUCAAAACACCACUGAAGGCGAUGCUAUUUGCUGGAGAACCAUUCCCAACCAUCUAUGUGGAUUCUCAGAAAGAAGGAGAGCGCUGGGCUGUGAUCUCUAAAACCCAGCUGAAGAAUGUGAAAAAACUCUUCCAUAGGGAACAAAUGAAGACAGAUGCGAAAGAAAAGAAAGAGGCGGAAGAUGCCGAGAGGAGAGAGAAAAAUCUAGAGGAAGCCAAGAAGAUUUUUAUUGAGAACGACCCCAACCUCCCAGAACCCAAAACAGUUAAGAUCCAUCAGCUGGAGCCUCUGAGGGAACAGAGAGUCAAAGUGUUCGGCUGGGUGCACAGGCUACGCCGUCAAGGAAAGAACCUCCUAUUCGUUGUGCUGAGAGAUGGAACAGGAUACCUGCAGUGUGUACUCAUCGAUAAACUGUGUCAGUGCUAUAAUGGGCUCGUUUUGUCUACUGAAAGCACAGUGGCUCUCUAUGGAACAGUGAAGCCGGUUCCUGAGGGAAAACAGGCUCCGGGAGGCCACGAGCUGCACUGUGAUUUCUGGGAGCUGAUCGGUCUUGCUCCGGCUGGCGGCGCUGACAAUCUGCUGAACGAGGAGUCCGAUGUGGACGUUCAGCUCAACAAUAGGCACAUGAUGAUCCGUGGAGAAAACGUGUCCAAAAUCCUGCGAGUGCGCUCCACAGUCACGCACUGCUUCAGAGAGCACUUCUUCAGCCGCGGCUACUAUGAGAUCACUCCUCCUACUCUGGUGCAGACUCAGGUGGAAGGCGGCUCCACCCUCUUCAAUCUGAAUUAUUUUGGAGAGCAGGCGUACCUGACCCAGUCGUCGCAGCUUUACCUGGAGACGUGCAUCCCUGCGCUCGGAGACACGUUCUGCAUCGCCCAGUCAUAUCGUGCUGAGCAGUCUCGCACACGCAGACACCUGGCUGAGUACACCCACAUUGAGGCUGAGUGUCCCUUCAUGACCUUUGAAGAUCUGCUGAACAGAUUAGAGGAUCUUGUGUGUGAUGUGGUGGAUCGAGUCCUGAAGUCUCCUGCUGCUCCACUGCUCUACGAACUAAACCCUGACUUCAAGCCCCCCAAGAGGCCAUUUAAGAGGAUGAACUAUUCUGAUGCCAUCACAUGGCUUAAGGAGCACGACAUUAAAAAAGAUGAUGGGACCUACUACGAGUUUGGAGAGGAUAUCCCCGAAGCACCUGAGAGGCUGAUGACGGACACCAUUAACGAGACCAUCCUGCUGUGUCGCUUCCCAGCUGAGAUUAAAUCAUUUUACAUGCAGCGCUGUCCCGAGGAUCGACGUCUCACUGAAUCGGUUGAUGUGUUGAUGCCUAACGUUGGUGAGAUUGUUGGAGGGUCGAUGCGUAUCUGGGAUGCUGAGGAGCUGCUGGAGGGCUACAAGAGAGAAGGCAUUGACCCCACUCCCUACUACUGGUACACUGACCAGAGGAAAUAUGGCACAUGUCCUCAUGGGGGAUACGGGCUUGGCCUCGAGCGUUUCCUUACCUGGCUGCUCAAUCGUCACCACAUUCGAGACGUGUGCCUCUACCCACGCUUCAUCCAGCGCUGCAGGCCAUGAAUGUCCUCAGAAGACAUACACACAAACCUCCACCCUGUCUGCUUUAUCUGUCUGUCCAUCAUGUCGCAAGAAAACUAAACUAAAAUGCCUUUCUCACGUACUAUCUGCGGCAUGCAACAUUUAUACAUCCAUAUUUAAAGAUGUAAUCACACUGAAAUCUGCGAGAGAGUCUCAUUAUUGCCUAAUCACUCUGUUCAGAAUAUUUUCUGUGGGUUAAUAAAUGUAAGAGAUGCUUCA